GAGUCAAUUAGGACCUGUAUCAGACGGUUUGUUCGCAUAGACCUGUGCAAUACAAUUUAGAGACAUUCAUUGAUUUAUCUGUGUUAUUAAUUAGAAAAAAUGGCUUUAGAAGAUUACAAAGAGAUUGUAGCUAGUGCUGCAACUAUUCUAACGAUGGGUCACAUGUUAUCAGGAACGAUUGUAUGUAAAGAGAUCAUCAGAAAAGGAACAUCAAAAGGCUCAGACCCUAAUCCAUUCGUUGGAGGGUUGGGAAUGGGUCUACUCAUGUUACAAUAUGCAUUUAUCCUGCGAGAUUCUAAUAUGAUUGCAGUAAAUCUUUUCGGUUUGGCGACCAGUAUUGCUUAUGUAUCUGUAUUUUAUGUAUAUUCUCCAAAUAAGAUUGAUAUGUCGAAGCUAUUAGCCAAGAUGUUAGCAUUCACAGCGAUUGUUUUAACUUAUUCGAAAUUAGAACAUCCAAAACUUUUGGAAUUUAGGUAUGGAGUUGUGAUAACAAUUUUAUUCUUCUUGCUCAUAGCAUCUCCGCUAAUGAAUGUAGGUGAAGUAAUUAGAACUCAAAGUACUGAACUUCUUCCAUUCCCACUGAUAGCCAUGGGCACUAUUGUAUCAUUUUUAUGGCUUCUAUAUGGUAUAAUUCUCAAUAAUGGCUUUAUCAUUUUCCAAAAUGCUGUUGGUUUAGGGCUUUAUGUGAUACAGUUAUCUCUAUUUGUAAUAUACCCAUCCAAGCCUGUUGAUAAAGCAGCUCAAAAGAGAGAAUCUAAAUCAAAUUAAUUUUUUAAUUUCAAAUUUCAAAAAAGACAAUUCAUAAGAAAUUUUGAAGAUUGAUAAUAUAUUAUCAUCGUAUCCCUAGAUUAACAUAAUUAUAAAUUGAGAAUAAUUUUAUAAUAUAUUUUUAUACACAUCAAUUUUUAAUGAGACAAUGAGAUGCUUCUUUACUGUUAAUUAUUGACAAAAAAAUAUUUUUACUGUAUUCUUAUCGUAUAUCCAUAAUACAAUUAUCUGUAAUCAAAUUUUAAAAUCAAUAUUUGUUAAUUGAACAUGUUAAUACAGUAUGUAAAUAAUCUUAAAACUAGAGAAAAUAUAUUUUUACUUGUA